CAGCUCAAUGAUAUAAAGGUUGAACAUCACCCAAAUAGCAGGAUCCUGACUAAGGUCCAAGCUUUUGGCAAUUUCAAGCAUCAACCAGCCCAUUAUUCAUUGUGGUUGGCUCCUGAUCCAGACAAGCAUCCUUGGCAUCCCUUCAAGUCCUGUUUAGGGUUUGAUGUUGCUGAGAUUGUGCUCAAAGUGGCCCUCAACAAUGAACAGACUGACCAUCGCCUGGAUAUCUGCCGCUGCUGUGCGCAGAAGUCAGAGAAAUUCACAUUCCAUAACCAUAAGGAUUUUACAAAAGACUUUAUUUCAAUACCCUUCACAGAUAGAUCUUGGGACUAUGAUGUCUACUAUCAUGAUCUUUGGAAGUGGGCUACUGACCUCCUCCAUGACCCUUAUCUUUUUCCCCAUUUUCAUUUUGAUGCUCAG